UUAAAAAGCGAGAACCACUGCGUUGGCCGGGAAUCGAACCCGGGUCAACUGCUUGGAAGGCAGCUAUGCUCACCACUAUACCACCAACGCCGGCUUAGAACGCGUGCUUCCGACGCUGGGACUUCAAUACAUGCGCAGGCACGUGGCCUGAAUGACGCGAAUCCGUGAACGAGGUGACCCCGGUCGCCCCGCGAGAGACUGCGUUUGACCGCGCGCAGCCGGCACAGGAGAAAGCGAGGUUCAGAGGACCGAAGUGAAGGCGCUGAGUCACUGGCAGAGCCGGGGAAGCAUCUAUUGGUCGGGGUCGGGGGGCGGAGGGAUCAGGACUGCAGCGACACCGCGAUGGCUUUGUCACCCCCAGAAAUAAGUCCCAAACACACCAGUUGCUCCUCUGUUGAGCGAGCUCCGUGUGUCCCAAGGUUGAAGAGUUGGGCUUUACGCCAAGUGCCCUUAAGCACAUUUUGCCCACAGAGGGAGGGUCCAUUCCCACAUGUCCACGCGCAGCUCUGAAAGUGACGCGGGCGGAACCUCAGGGGAGGGGCCUGAGGAUUUAGCUCCGCCCCUCGUCGCUGACGAUAGCUCUGUUCACGGGAUCCCGGCCGCCGCGGAGUCGGGAAGGCCUCGUGGCGCAACGGUAGCGCGUCUGACUCCAGAUCAGAAGGUUGCGUGUUCAAAUCACGUCGGGGUCACGGAAGUGCCUCUGUUUGAGGGUACCAGGCCUGGGCUGCGGAAGAGGAAUUUGGGCGGGCUCAGUACCACGCGCACGCGCGCAGGCUGGACACUGUGCCUCGCCCUCCCCGUCUGCUCCGCUCCCCCGCCGCUGUCCCGCUUUCUGUUGGAGCGGUCACUGUGUCGCGUGUGCCAAGACGGAGGCAGACAAUCCGCCCUUCCUUGCACAGGCUGUGCGUGCUCGAAUUGGGAAUUGCUGAUGACUUAGGAAGGCGACAGCAGCUCGGGAGCUCCGGCCACCUGACUCGGCGGAAGGCAUGUGAUGGGGACGGCAGGCAGCCCAGCUCCCCAUCACAGCCCCACCCUAAGCAGAGCACCUUUUAGGAGAUACAAAAUGACAUGCACUCCCCCUUUGCCACGCUCCCCAUCACUGAAGCUGAGCUCCUUCAUACACCAAUUUAGGGUCCAUCCAGAAAACCUGGUCUUCGGAAAAAGCCUGGAUUUUUUGGCAGAAACAGCCAAGAUGAAGUUACAAACCCAAAUCCCAAAACAGAUGAAGAAAUUUCAUGGUGAGAGCAUAAUUGGAACAGAGACAGUCAUGGGAACAUAAAGGAAAAGAAGUCUAUGGAAUGAUCGGACAAAGAAUUUUAUAAUCACCCUGGCCUGAACACCCUGCCCCAGAGAGUCCUCCGGAAGGACCCUGCCACCCCGUCUGCGCUUGUCCUCAUGAGCCGCUCCAAUGGCCAGCCCACAGCUGCCCCUGGCCAGAAGGUGGUGGAGAACAGCAGUGGGACACCCAACUUCUCAACGCGCUCCUUCACCAUCGACGACUUUGAGAUCGGGCGUCCUCUGGGCAAAGGCAAGUUUGGAAACGUGUACUUGGCUCGGGAGAAGAAAAGCCAUUUCAUUGUAGCUCUCAAGGUCCUCUUCAAGUCUCAGAUAGAAAAGGAGGGCGUGGAGCACCAACUGCGCAGGGAGAUCGAAAUCCAGGCCCAUCUGCAGCAUCCCAACAUCCUGCGCCUUUACAACUAUUUCUAUGACCGGCGAAGGAUCUACUUGAUUCUGGAGUACGCCCCCCGCGGGGAGCUCUACAAGGAACUGCAGAAGAGCCGCACUUUUGACGAGCAGCGAACAGCCACGAUCAUGGAAGAACUGGCAGAUGCUCUAAUGUAUUGCCAUGGGAAGAAGGUGAUUCACAGGGACAUAAAGCCGGAGAAUCUGCUCUUGGGGCUCCAGGGAGAGCUGAAGAUCGCUGACUUUGGCUGGUCUGUCCAUGCCCCCUCCCUGAGGAGGAAGACGAUGUGUGGUACCUUGGACUACCUGCCCCCAGAAAUGAUUGAAGGGCGCACACACAACGAGAAGGUGGAUCUGUGGUGCAUCGGAGUCCUCUGCUAUGAGCUGCUGGUGGGAAACCCGCCCUUCGAGAGCGCUUCCCACAAUGAGACGUAUCGACGCAUCGUCAAGGUGGACCUGAAGUUCCCCACCUCUGUGCCCACGGGAGCCCAGGACCUCAUCUCCAAGCUGCUCAAGCACAACCCCUCAGAACGGCUGCCCCUGGCCCAGGUCUCUGCGCACCCUUGGGUCCGGGCCUACUCCCGGAGGGUGCUGCCUCCCUCCGCCCUUCAGUCUGUCCCCUGACUUGUCCCUGUCAUUUAUUCGGUCGUGCCUGUUUGUAUGCCCGUAUAUGUGGGGUUGGAAGGAGGGGUACCUAGCCUGUUCCUUUACUUGUCUUCUACCUCCUUUUUAUUUAAUAAAGGCUGAAGCUUUUUAUA